AUGAAGGCCCUGCGGCGAUCCAGCACCUCGUCUUCGUCCUCAUCCUCGUCGUCCCCGAGGACGCCAUCCUCGCCGCCGCCGUCUUCGUCGCGGAUCCACCGCCGUUCGCUUCUGCUCGUCGCCUCGUCGGCCUCCUCUUUGGCGGCGUUGGGGAAAUCGGCCGCGGCGGCUUCGGCUUCAGCGUCGCCGUUGCUUGCGGCAGAUUCCUCGUCGUUAUCCCCACCGAAUUCGGACCGAGGUGCAAUUAAAUCUCCAUGGUCUCGGAGGAAAAGAAAACAAGCACUCUCUUGUCAAAACUGGAGCCGUCUAUUUUCUGUGAAUGGGAAGUUUCGUGAUGGAGGAAGAAAAUUUCUGAAGAAAGUUCGCAGUGGGGGAAUUGAACCAGGUAUCAGGGCUGAAGUUUGGCCCUUUCUACUUGGAGUCUAUGAUUUAAAUAGUUCUGAAGAGGAAAGAAAUAUCAUCAAGACAAAGAAAAGGAAUGAGUACAAAAAGCUCAGGCGCAAAUGCCAUCAAAUUCUGAACUGCCAAAAGGGAUUUGGGCUAAAGGUCAUAAAUGAAAUCAACAAUGAGGGGUGUUCUCGUGGUGUGCCUUAUCUGCAAGAUGUUAGUGCAAGUGUUUCUGUAUCAGCCAAGGUAUUUAAUUGUUCAGGGAGCGAGGCAAACAGUCCGGAUAAUGCUGCCUGUGGUGCUGCAGAAUGCAUGGAUGAUGAUACAAGUGAGUUAACUUGUGUAGAUCCAUCUAUGGCAGAAUCAGAAUCUUCUGGCUCUGCAUCUUCUGAUGAAGAUGACCAUGGCCAGAUAUCCGUCUGUGCUGAUAUAGAAGAGAACUGCGCUCCAGAGCAUAAAUUUGUCAGGAGUACCUCGUCCAAGUCAGACUUCUUUAGAUCUAACAAAACUCCAGAGGAUUUUGCAACAUGGCAGCGCAUUAUACGUCUAGACGCUAUCCGGGCAAACACAGACUGGGCUUUAUUCUCCUGUAACCAGGAUGAAAUCUCCGAGGAAAAGGCAUUGCAGCGUGCAUUGUCUGUUGGUUUGAAAGAUUAUGACCAUUUAGAGCCUUAUAUGAUAUAUCAUGCUGCCCGGUUAGUUGCAUUGCUUGAGGCGUAUGCACUCUAUGAUCCAGAGAUUGGCUACUGCCAAGGUAUGAGUGACCUGUUGUCACCUAUAAUUGCGGUAAUGAAGGAAGACAAUGAAGCAUUUUGGUGCUUCGUGGGCUUCAUGAAGAAAGCUCGGCACAACUUCAGGCUGGAUGAGGUUGGAAUAAGAAGACAGUUGAAAACUGUCUCCCAGAUCAUCAAGCACAAAGACUCGCACCUCUAUAGACACCUGCAGAAGCUGCAGGCCGAGGACUGCUUCUUUGUGUACAGAAUGGUGUUGGUCCUCUUCAGGAGAGAGCUCACCUUUGAGCAGACUUUAUGCCUGUGGGAGGUGAUGUGGGCUGAUCAGGCCGCUGUUCGAGCUGGGAUCGGAAGGUCCACAUGGGGAAGGAUAAGGCUCCAUGCUCCUCCAACCGACGAUUUGUUGCUCUAUGCCAUUGCGGCCUGCGUCCUGCAGAGGAGGAGGCUGAUCAUCGAGAGGUACAGCAGCAUGGAUGAGAUACUGCGGGAGUGCCAUAGCAUGGCUGGGCAGCUUGACGUCUGGAGGCUUCUAGAUGAUGCGCAUGACUUGGUUGUUAAUCUCCAUAAUAAGAUCUGA